AUGUCCGGCAAGUCAUUUAAAGAUCGACUAAUUGAGGCCGGAUCGACGCGAGCGAGCGAGGGUAACUCGAUCAUGGCCGAUAAUUACGAUCCAUUGCUGGAUAUCUAUGAGUUAUUUCCCACACCAGCAAGCCUGGCUCAGCUGGACACCUUGCUAGCAUAUAUCAAUGUGUACAAAUUGCAAAUCGAUUCAGACAUCCAGACGCGUCAAUUGCAAUAUAAUGAAGCUAUGUUGAACGCCAGCGACGGGCAGGACGCUUUGGGUGCGGUAGAUGAUGAAUUGGAAAGCUUGAUUGCAGACGUCAACGAUACGAAAAUUUCUGCCGAAGCCACCGGAAGCACCAUCAACAGAAUGACCGCGAGUAUCAAGUCAUUGGAUAACGCAAAGAAAAACCUGACUCUUACCAUGACCAUAAUGAAACGACUACAGAUGCUGGUGACCGCAUACGAAAACCUAGAAUCUUUUUUGAGCGAUACGACAAACCCUGUGAAGGACUAUCUCCAAAUCAAACAGCUUUUCAGCGUGGUAGUGGAGCUGAUGAACCACUUCCAGUCAUACAAGAGCAUUGACGAGAUCAAUACGCUUAACAAGAAAAUCGGCUCUUUGAAAAAUAGAAUUAUAGACGAGAUCUUUGCUGAUUUUGAGCGCGAAAUAAUGGAAGAGCUACAUAAUCCUCAACUGGCGAAUGCCUGUGAGCUACUAGAGCUUUUGGGCCGUCCAUACCGCGACAAACUGACAACUUGGUACAUUGUCACAACGCUCAAGGAACUUACUAGUAUCUUCAAAGCCACAGAGGAAGCAGGCUCAUUGGAUAAUCUUAAAAGAAGAUUCAUGUUUUUCAGACAGAUCCUCACCAAUUUCGAAAAACACCAUGCGAAUGUUUUCCCAGAAAGCUGGAAAAUGUCUCAGGAGCUGACCAGCCACUUCUGUAAAAUCACACGCAAGGAUUUGAGUGAGUCGACGGCGAAAGAAACUCGUCUCACUGGUAGCAAGGUGGAUGUGAACUUGCUUUUAAACGCACUUGGAGAAACGCUUGAAUUUGAGACUUUCAUCAGUAAGAAAUUCAAACAAAGCUUUGAAGGGUCCAUUUCCGACGUAUUCGAGCCUUAUCUGAAUAUUUGGAUAGAACACCAGAGAACUGUGAUCAACAACAAGUUCAUGGAAUUUAUGAACCCAGAGUCAAUGCUUAAAAAAUCGGGAGUGGAGACUGGAGGUACGAAUGUUAACGUGUUAGAGUCUGCUGCGGAUCUGUUCAGACUUUACAGACAGAUUCUUGCACAACUGUCUAAGCUCUCUCAGGGCGAAUCGUUAGUGAAGCUUUCUACCGUUUUCUCUGAGUAUUUGCUCAAAUAUCGUCAGACUAUAUUGGAGCCGCUUGUUCCUGACUCUAAGCGGUUAUCGUCGGGAUCAGAAACUGAACAGGCUGAAGGCACGGCAAUCAUUUGUCUGGUACUAAACACUGCAGACUAUUGUUCGAUCACGGUGUCACAGUUGGAAGAGAAGCUUGCAAUCUUAGUAAAUCCGCCAACGCUUGCUCAGAAAAUGGAUUUCGAGAAAGCAAGAAACAGUUACCUCAACUUAAUCAACAAUUGUAUUAAUCUGUUGUUCGUCAAGAUGGAAAACGAUCUUCACCAUUCCUGGCGUGAGAUGCUGAACUAUAACUGGAAGAUCAUCACAGAAGUAUCUGGAGAAUCACGUUAUAUGGGUUCCGUAAAGCGGGUGAUCAAAGAGAACUGUUCUCUGAUAUUUCCCAACUUCAACAGAGUCUUGUAUAUCCGCAACUACCUGGAUAAAUUAGUGGAACUCGUACUGAGCGAGUUAUGGUUGAAUAUUGUGAAACUGCGACCAAUUACAGAAAUCAUGGCUGAACAAUUUGUGUUUGAUCUCCAGUCACUGAAAUCUUUUCUUCUAGACCUACCUAGCUUAUCUCCAGAACCAGUCAAGAUCACAUCUUCAAACAGCUUUUCAAAAAACAUCAGCUCCAAAGUGUCCAACAUCAAUACCCUCCUGAAGAUUCUCAUGGUUUCGACAUCCCCUAUGAGCGACUUUAUGUCCAGCUACUUCACAAUUGUGGCUGAUUCAAAUUUCAACAAUUUUGUCAAGGUUCUAAAGUUGAAAGGCCUGUUGACCAACGAUGCAACGUAUGAAAAGGACAAACACAGAUAUCUCGACCAAUUUAAGAGCCAACUUCGUCACUACGAGACAACAGAAGAAACAUUGCCCGAGAGCAACAGCUUCCUCGAGGGAUUGAAGCUUGAAGAUGCUCCUGAGGGAGUGGUAUCGUCUCCAAAUAUGGCUCUGACUGGAUUUUUCAACAGCCCGAACUCGAACUUCAGAAUCGAUAAACAGUCACUUCUAAACACUCGCGAUCAUUUUGAGAAAAACAUUGCCAAGACAUUCAGCAUAAACGACAACAAGAUAGACAUCGGCGAGAACCUGAAAAGUUUCGGCAAGUUCUUCAAGAAGAACUGA